CAACAACACGAUCUAGUUGUUUUACAAAUAACGUAAGUUUUUGCACCAACCUUGUUUGAAUGUGUCACCUACUCUUAGACUCAGUUCGUUUUGAUCACAAUAUUAAGGCAUAUGCUUAAAAAAAGAAAAGCAUUUUAAACCGUCAUUUUGGUUUCAGCGUCCCUGUGUAGAAUACUUUUCUCAUUCAUUUCAUCCGUUUGAGCUUCCGGUGCAUUGAAACAGCUAUUGUAAGGUUUUGAAUGAUGCAUAAAUUGAUUUGGUGCGUUAAAAUUAAAUGAUCCUUCAAUGGAUUAGUUUGAUUAGUUUUCCGAUAUAUUUAUAAGAUUCUUCCCAACAGCAAUGAUGGUGAUGCAUUGGAAAGUCGUCUUAAAUACAGUGUUAUGGGGUUUUUAUGUCUCGAAAAGUACCAAGAAACUUUUUUUCUUAAAUCUAUUUUUUUAACACAUUACACGCCUUAAUGAAAUAAAAGAAAAUUAUCCGAUAUUGUAAAAUCGCCUUGAAUCGUUUGAACAAAAAAAGAAAACUCGUGGUAUGAAUUUGUUUGGAUUCUUUUACAAAAAACGUUAAAUUAACCUCGAUUAAAGAGACAUCAUGUGUACAUUGGUUCUUGUUACAUUCAAUCUUAACGGUCUCCGUUCAUGUUUGCGAGAACACGGUUACAAUGAUGAGAGAAACCUGGGUGAUUUUUUAGAUUGUCUUGUUGAGAAUUCAAGUAUUGUAGCGGUUCAAGAAGUUAAAAUGGUUGCAUCUCAACUAACUUAUAAUUACUGCAAAUUGAAAAACUGGGAGGCAUAUUAUGCUCUGUCACAAUCGAAAUCAAGGCUAACUUUGUCUGAAACAAGUGGUUCAAAUCGGUUUCGGGGAGCGUAUGCGGGAGUUGCUACAUUCUGUCGUUUGAACGGUCUGUUACCACAUGAUGCGCGCCAAGGGAUAACAUGGAUUCUAGACAGAUUGAUGAGUCGAUUGGUCCAAAAAUUAUCCUCUAGCUAUUAUGACCAAGACAUAUUUCGUGAUAUUGUCGCUGUGUUAACGAAAGUAAAAUUGUUUGAAUUCGACAAGGAAAAAAUGCAGUUACAAGCAACAUCUCUAGAUUUAAAAAAUCUUUCUGAGUGUUUGAAAACGUUACACUAUUGGGCGACACUGUUAGAUAAAGAAGGACGCUAUUUGUUUACUCAUCAUGGACGCUUUGUUGUUAUAAAUGUAUAUGCUCCUUCGUUGAACGUUUCUCAAGAUUUAACAACGUUGCUAGGGUAUACAGUGUUAGAUCCUCAAAGACUUUCUAUUAAAAGUAUUUUUCACGGAUUGUUGCACUUGGCUGUUUUGGAAAUACAAAAUUUUUCGACAUUCAACCAAUUACCUGGAAAAGAAAAAAUUACUUUUUUUAAAACAUCUUUUCUUCCCGUCCUUAUAAUGGGAGACAUGAAUGUGCAGCUUUUAAAUGAAGAUAAAAUUCAAGGUGAGGAAAAAUUUGUGAGACAUUUUCCUUUGUUACCAUUUCUGGAUCAAACAAAUUUUUUAUUGACAUCCUGUAAACUUAUGGACUCAUACAAUCUUAAUGAGAACGGGUCGAAAGCCGUACAUACAUGUUGGAAUCAAUUAAAAGGGGGGCGUUACACGAAUUCAGGAUGCCGAGUCGAUUAUAUAUUUUUACCUGAACAGUUGCAUCCGCUGAUGAAGCCUUUGAGCAAGGGUUUACCACAAAUCUGUGUACACUCUAUCCAAUAUCAUAUGGACGUUAAGGGAAGUGACCAUUGUCCUGUAUCAAUCAAUCUAUUUUUAGAUUCAAAAUUUGAAGGAAAACAAGCACUAGAAAAACGCACCCCUCCACAAUUAUGCGCUUCUCAUGUUGCAUCUAAAUUUAAGAUUCAAACUACAUUAUAUGAAACUUUCAAUUUACUACCUUCAAAGACAAGUUUCCAAUGUUGCUAUAUUAUUUUUCCACAUGACUGUCAAUUACACAAUGAGUUUAUUAAACCGACUAAUUCCGUUACACUGAAAAUAGGCGUUGUCCCGAAGAAUUUUCAAAAAUCAGCUGAAACUGCAUGCGUUGCGUACACAUUUUUUGACGCACGUUAUAUAAUUGUCUCAACUGUCUGGACACAAUCGAAUUUGUUUUUAAACGAACGUCAACGGGAAAAGUCAGCAAUCCAAUGGUGUUGUCCUGUUUUCAAUUUAUUCAAGCUCUGCUCAAAUCGUUUCCCCCAGAGUCCAUUUCCAACUACCGUUUCUUCUAUUUUAAAAAAUUCACACACUACAAGGCCACAAGUAUCCUUUGUGUCAAACAAAAACUCUUUAAUUGAAGAUAAUGUACAUUGGCUUCGUCAACUGAUUAUAAAAACCAAAGCAUGUUGGAUUGCUACAUUUCAUGUAGAAACAACACAGCUGCAAACGUUUGUUGAUAAGGCAACUUUAACCCCCCUAGUAGAUUUUCAUCAAAAACCUGUUUUAAGUGUAGAUGAUCACCAGCCAUUAAUUUUUUUGUAUAAUCAAAGCUUAACUAAGAAAUUGUCCUGGUCAGCUUGUAAAACUACAACUUGUUUAGUACCUACAACCGAAAUGCAGAGAAAACUUUUGUUUCUUGGUAAGAAAGAAUCUAAAAAAUAUUAUGAACAAGUCAAGGAAGCGCCAUUAUGCAAAGGACAUGGACUACCCUGCAUAAAACGAAAAGUGAAAAAACCCGGUAUUUAUCAAGGUUGUGAAUUUUGGUGUUGCGUGCUUCCAACGAGUAAAGAUAAACAGUAUAAGGGUAAAUGCAACACAUUUUGGAAAAUUUCAUAACUUAAAAAAACCCUUUUGACUCCUUUUAU